AUGAGUCCCUCAAGUGUCUUGAAGGGCACUGCUUUGAAACCUCACCCGCUCAACCCUGCUCGAAUAUUUUCCAGUGAGCCAUCCAAAGCCAAGCUGGACCCAUACAGUGGUGCCCUGAGUCCCUGGGACUGGACCAAGAACCAGACGGCCAUGGAGCACUUCAACCAGCGAGCUAAGAGGAAGCCCUCCAUGAAGGCUGGCCGAACCAAGAAGAUCUUUGGCUGGGGUGACUUCUAUUUCAACAUCAAGACCCUGAAGUUCAGCCUGCUGGUGACAGGCAAGAUCGUGGAUCAUAUAAAUGGCACCUUCAGCGUCUACUUUCGUCACAACUCCUCCAGCCUGGGCAAUGUCUCUGUGAGCAUUGUGCCACCCACCAAGGUAGUUGAGUUUGAUGUACUGGUUCCCCCUAUCCAAGCCCAGCACCUUCACCCUCAGCAGUCCACUUUAGCUGAGCCCAAGGAACCCAAGACCUUCAACUGUCACGUGGAAUAUGAGAAGACCAACCGGGCACGCAAGAAUAAGCCUUGCCUGUAUGACCCUUCUAAGAUCUGCUUCACCGAGCACACGCAGAGCCACGCCGCUUGGCUGUGUGCCAAGCCCUUCAAGGUCAUCUGCAUCUUCAUCUCCUUCUUCAGCAUCGACUACAAGCUGGUCCAGAAGGUCUGUCCAGAUUACAACUUCCAGAACGAGAACCCCUACUUUGGCUGA